AUGACGAGCGAAUUACUAAAAUUGCUAAAGCAGAUCCAAAGGGAACGCGAUUUCAAUACAAUCGCAAUUUCCCAGACAUCAACAGAGGAAUGUCCUUUUAAUAGACUUCUGAAGGAAAUAACGUUACCUGCGGUGAUUCUAAACAAGGGUUUGGCGUAUACUUACAAGGCGCAAUUCUCAAAAGAGCUACUGAUUCUGCUCUGCCUACAGCAAUCAAGUGUAGCUGCUAGAUUAGCAGAGCUCAGUGUAUUCCGAGGCUUGAAGCAAACUCGCAUAGUGGCUUAUGCGCCACAUGCAACCGAUCUUGACCUGGUACAAAAAGAUUGCCUCGACGCUAUGGCCAAUGACAUAUACAAUGUUUUAAUAAUUCAAAAGGAUUUCAGUGAGACCCAAAACUACCACACUUGCAACAAAUUUCCGCUGGAUGCGCCUCGCUACAAACAGAAAAGUCUUCAUCUCCUAGACGCUCCAAGCGCCAUCUUCGAACACCAAUUUCGCAAUAUGUACGGUACGCCAAUAUUAACUUUUCCCACUCAACUUGAACCGUUCACCAUGUUGUACUAUAAGGCGGAUGGAAAAUUGGAGCUGGAAGGAUACUUGGGUAGAGCACUAAAAGCUUUUGCAAACAGAUGUAAUACGACGCUAUUUAUAAAUGGCCCCUACCAGCUGGGCCAAAGCGUUCAUUUUGGCGUACUGCAGGAGCUCGCGGAGAACGGCACCGUCGAUGUAGCCGCUGGCAUGGUAUUUGUGAAACCAAAUGACGAGUUAGAAAAGUUGUCGUAUCCAGUACAGCUGCUGGAUUUUUGCUACAUGGUGCCACUAAAAAGUGUGCCUAUAAGUGAGCUAUUCAUUGGCAUCGUACCAAUUCCAAUGCUCUUUUGCAUCUUCGUAUUCAUUGUUGUUUUCGCUGCACUACUCACUCACCUCGAUAAACGCAAACAAAUCAGCUUUAUCAACCUUUUUCUGAAUGAUCAAAGCAUUCGCGGCAUGCUGAGCCAGUCUUUUGUGAUCGCCGCUAAACCGAGCGUUAAAACCAAGUUCGUCGUAUUUUUGCUGUGCUAUAUGAGCAUCAUUACUAACACCACUUAUCAAGCUUACCUGCAGUCCUUUCUCACCCAUCCUCCUCUUCUACCGAUGCAUCAUAGUUACGAAGACUUGGAAGCUGCUGGUUUGACCAUUUUAUUUGCUGAGCCUGAUGUGCCAAUCAUAAAAGGAAAUAAAAACCUCUUGGAGCACUUUCAUCAAUUCAAAAUUUCCAAAUACGAAGAUUGGGUGAAGCUCCGUGCACGCAUGAAUACAAAAUAUAACCAUGUUCUGCUGCCUGCCCAUCCGUACGGAUCUGCCAUAUCGUGA